AUGGAGGAGGAGACGAUUUACCUCAGAAACUUUCAGAAGGCACUUUCCACGGUUGAUGAUGGGAAGCAGGAGUAUUCAGACCUCUUCGACCACCACGAGAAAACUCUUUGCGAACAGUUCUUGCGGGGCAAUGGAACAUACAGUAUGAGCAUGCAAGCGAGAGGGGUGUACACGCGGAUGUUCCAACGGAAAGGCCCAUGGUUUCGACUUGAAUCCAUCAUGCACUACCCGGAGCUUCUUUGCGAUAGGGCAGAGGAGCUCGAUGACAAGGAGAAGUGGGUCAGGACUGAGCGGGCCAUCCGAGCAUUGGAGCAGUUUGGCUUCGUCUCCUAUGUUGGAUCAAGGGCUUCGUGCGAGAAAGCUAAGAUGGUUGAAGCGAUGCGGACUUGUUUGAAGCUCCCUGAAGUGAAGCAGAUGCUGCAGAAGCUUACAAGAGGACAGACGAACUCGCUGACGAAAGGAGAAGCCCUGAUGAGCUUGGAGAAGGCCAUCAUGGGACAGAAGACCAUUCUUGAUUUCUGGUCCAAGAGGAAAGAGAAGGACGAUGAUAGUCUGCCGUCCAACUCACCAGUCUGGAUGGAGCUCGAGAGGAUGUUGAUUCCGACAAGUGUCCACGAAGGCGGCGAUGUGUCAAACUCCAAACCUCGGAUACUGUUCGUGCGACUAGAGAACGGCCCUGUCAAGCUUUUCAAAAGGAUUCUGCGGCUCAUGCAUAUCACGUCGAUCUUCUCUGUCGAGCACUACACAUCCUACAACCGGCCGGUUUUGAACCCUGCCGUCCUGACUGAGUUUGGAAAGAUGAAAUAUGCCGGUACGCCCUGCUGUUUCCCGUUGAAACCCUCUCAUGUUGUGUUGCUCCAGACUACAAGUGUUCGUCGACUUGCCGUAUAUUCCGAACAAGACAAGAGUUCCUGCAGGCAUGACGCGACCGGGAUGUGGGAGGCAGCGGUCGAGCUACGAACGAUGGCGGAGAAUUUGAUCAUGAAUCCAGGUGAAGGAAAAGAUGAUCAGCUGGAGUCGAGCCCGAGUGAAGGAGGCAGGGGAGGCAGAGCUCGCAGCCAGAGGCAAACAGAGCUCAUCGACCUGACUAGUGACGAGACGAUCGUCGUCCCCUGCUCCUCCUCGACGUGGGAGGGAGCGGAGGGAGACAGGGAACAUCCGCUCCUGCUGGCCUGCAGGGAUGCAAUCAAACAGGCGCAGCGAGCCUUUGGGAGGAAGGAGGAGGAUGAUGUGGAGGAAGAGGAACGGAAGGGUCAGCCUGCUGCUCUGGAUUGUAAGGAGAUGGUGAUCGAGAUCGCGGAGAGGGCAGGGCGGAUCCUGUCAGGCUACCUGAAGACAUCGGGGAAGUUUCGAUUCCUGAAUGUCAGCCACGUCGACUGUACCGCUCGCUGUCGAUGCGACGAGCGGCAGUGGCAAGAGGAGACGGAGGACGAGGACGUGAGGUCGUACCUGCUGCAGUUUGAUGCCGGUUGGCACCUGAGCCAGACCAGCUGGUGA